AUGAAAUGGAAAAUCAUAUUCGUGUUGGCUUUUCUUGCUCCACUGUUCAACAACAAAAUUUGUAACGGUAAGGAGUCACUCUCCCUUUUAUAAGACCGUGAAGUACAUAGUAGGAUGUGUAAUUCUAUAACAAGAGACGCCGAGGGGAAAUAAGCGACUGCAAUCAAUCAAUCAAACUUACAGACCCUUUAACAAUGUAGUUCAUGGAGGUAUUCUCAUAAUAGUGAACCUGUUGCCAAAUGCAGAAGCUUAUGAAAUAAGCUUGUUUUUCAAUGUGAUAGUUUGAAACUUAAAAGGAAAUAAUGAAAACAAGAAAUCUCUAUUUAUUUCUUUGUUUAAUACCAUCCUGUUGCUAAGUUACGAGUUAAUCCUUUGCGAGCUCACUCUCGACCCUAGUGCUUACACUUCAGGCGACUAUCCGCACAAGAGAUCUGGCGUCGAGAUUGAGCGCCUGUGCGCGUUUAAACCGCCGUGACGUCAUAAAGGGAAUACGCACGAGUCUAUGACGUAAUUCUUCUACAAGACUUCAUUGGAUUUUCUGUUAAAUUUAAUCUAAAGCGAAAAUGAAGUGGAAACGAUAUUCAUAUUGGUUUAUCUUGCCCUAUUGUUCAACAGCAAAAUUUUUAACGAUAAGGAGUCACUCUCCCUUUAAUUUAAUUGUGCAAAUUUACAAAUGUCGUUUAUCGAUACUUUGAAUGCGCUGGAUGUGCAAGGACGUUGUUGUCGAAGUAUUGCACGUUUUGUUUGUUGAAAUAAGAUGGCAAAGUAUCAGUAUUGAAUGGCAAAAUGUCCUUCCAGCCCUGAAAUGACUGCACAAAUUAUAGUUUAUUUGGAGUACUUUCUGGAAAAAUGACUUGCUCCAGAAAGCUUUUGUUGUGUCUAAAAUAGUUAUGAGGUUCAGUAUGGCGCACGUGCGUAUGAAUGUUGCACCAUGUUACAAGGCUUACCAAUCCAACUUUCUUCCUCGCGAAUUUUCGAUAAAUAGGUUACUUCUAUAUUAAAGAGCUUUAAUCGUACAGUAUAUACGCAAAAAAUAUUCACUCUUUUACGCCUUCUGAAAUUUUCAGCAGGGAAGAACCCUGUUUCUGUGGGUACUGACAAUAAAGAGUCUAUUCAGAGAUGGAGUCCCACUCCGCUGUAUGCAGGACACAGGCAUACCAACCUCAGCUCCACCGACAGCUCGAUAACAACUGGUAAAGAACGAGGAAACAUGGAUCCCAGGAAUGAGAAUAUCGAGAAAAUCUUGACCAUGCGCAAGCUUGGAAUGCGAAGAUUGGCCAAAAGGCAAAAAGCUGGUGUUUUAUCUCGUAUUGGAGUAAGACCUUCAGCUUCGCCAUUAAAGAAGGCGUCUAUGUUCGAUCGAGUGCGAGCAACAUCUGCUACAGGCAAGAAAUAUUUUCAGAAUUUUCAGAAUCGUUUUCUUAAAGGUGCUUUGUCACGGCAGUCCAGUUCAUUUUGUUUAAUUUUGCCAAUUACUCGCCCUCAAUCGCUAUGGAACUUAAAGUAAGCAAAGAAAUUACAUGUAAAUGACAAAAUCAGAAAUCCGAGACAAACAAACAUGUCUCCUGAGCAUUAUUUUUGAACUUGCAAGCAGCAGGGACCAAAAUUGAAAAACUGUUAGGCUGAACAGUUUUCAAAAACCCUAAUUUCAAUCCCUUAUUUCAAUCAAUCAAGUCUUCUUCAGUUUUGCCCAUCCGUGGCAUCUGUUGUUUCUCUUAUGUUAUUUUAACCUUCCUUUAAAGUUUUAAGCGGUUAUUUUUAUGUUUCUCAUGAUUUAAGGGGCAUUUUGAAAUUUCCUAAUUUGGCUGAAUUUCGUGACACAGCUCCUUUAAGGGGAGUACUAAUGGAUUUAUACAUUUACUUACUCGGGUGAAUUAAGAAAUGAGUCUCAGGAAAUUUUUAGUGGGGUGGGGGGGGGGGGGCUUGUUUCAAAGGGGUUUGAACCUUCCCUUAAAAAUUUUGCCGGUUCCCUUUUUUUUAAGGAGACUUGGUUUUGGUUUUGAAGGGUCGUUUUUUUUUAUCCGUUGCCUGUUCGCCCUUUUUAGUUUUAUUCUUUUUUUUUUUUUUUAUGUUUUUUUUUUUUGUUUAUUAUUGUUUUGUGGUGUUAUUUAUCUGUGUUGUGUAUGGUGAUGUGUGUAAAUAAUUUAGUUUUGGAGAAUUUUAAGUUUUUAGUUUAUGAUGGGAGGGAGAGGGAGGUAGGGGUGGAGGGGUGGGGGGGGGGGGGGGGGGGGGGGGGGGGGGGGUCUGGUUCAAAGGGGAUUGAACCUUUCACUUAAAACUUUGCCAGUCUCCUUUUUCUUAAAGAGACGUCGGUUUCGUUUUGAAAGGUCGAUUCUCUUUAUCGCGUGACUUGUCGCACCUAUUAGUUUUAUUACUUUUUAUUUUGAUUUAAAUUUACGCCACUUUUUAAGACUUUUGAUUUGAUUUAAUCCGUUUGCUAUUUAUAGCUUUAAGUACAAGGUGUAUGGGGUGAAUCGGGGUUUAUGAACAUAAAUUGUUUUCUGUAAACUGCAACGUUUUUAGAGAGAGACUGAGGCGAGAAAAAUAAUUGAAUUGUUACCAAGGAACGAAAGACUUUAAAAUUCCCUGAUUAAUUUGGCAUGACUAGAAUUAAACUAAAUGACCAUAAAAGAAAAAUCGAGGACUUGAAGUUUUAUAAAAGUGAUAUAAUUCCCAAAUGUAAAGAUUUGUAUAAGCUCAUAUGAUUUUAAAAAGUGCAAUAUCAGCACCAAAAAUUACACUGCCCUGUUAUAAUCAGAGAUAAAGGAAGUGCGAAACGAAACGAAGAAAAAAUGAGGGUAAAAGCUAGUAAUCAAUGAGGAGCAGGGGUGAGGAGCCAUUCCUUAAUGACACACGAGCAACCUAUACUUUAACUUGUAACCAUAACUUACGAUUCAAAUGGAUAGGACGACACGAGACCAAAGUUUCGGGCCCAAAAUAAAAUAUUCAAAUCAAAACUCUAUAGAAACGGGGUUCCUAGUUAACAAACCAGUCUUUUUGUUUAGCCAGCUGAUAGUUUUAUCAUUGUAACUGAAAAACUAAUUAAACAAUCUUAAAUGUAACAACAACAACAACUUUAAAGGAUCGUUACAGUAAUCGGGACGUUCGAGAAACGGAUCCCUGGCCCCAAUUGUUCCAAAGGAGGAUAGCGCUUUACCUUUUUCCCGGAUAAACCUCUAACUAAGGGAUAACGCAAUUGCUUUUCGUAAUACCUAUCCACUGGACAAUGAUUUAUGAGGUAGAUAGUGCCAUCUACUAUUUCAGUAACCGGAAUUUGAAUGGAAAUUUUUCUUACCCUCCCUCCCUUUGUCUGUCUUAGGUGUUUUCGUGAAAAAAACGCUAAGUGGUGGUUAAUUUUUCUGCUGUUAACAUAAUAUCUACAUGGUAUUUUUCCUUCCAGACGUACCAAUUCAGAAGAAAGUUAAACUACCCGUGAUCUUAACACCUUUGUCGACUGAGAAUGAUGACAGGUUCUUUUCGAAGACUAACGGAGAAGGUGCUGAAUCAGCAAAACACGAUAACAAAGACAAAAGCAAUACAAACAACGAUCAUUCAGAGCAUGCGCACGAUGUUCCUAAACCCCGGAUGACAGAGGAUGAACGCCCAACACAAAGUGGCACCGAUUCUAAGGCGCAGCAUCACAAAUCAAGCGCGCAUUAUGAGAUAACAUCCCCUGGCCUCCGCUGGACUGCGCAUGAUCCUAGGACUGGACCACCAAACGAAAAACGAAAACGUUACAAGAAGAAGAAAACUGCGUCCCAGCGUACCGACGAUGUCGAGGAAGAUACUGAGGAGGACGAUGACCGAGGAGAGUCGAGAUCUUCUGUCAAUUUUGUGGCGGUUGGUGCUGUUAUAAUGGUGUUUUUGUUCAUAUUUGCUGGACUAGCUCGUCUGUGGUAUGUUGAGAAUUUAAACGACUUUUCGCUUUGUGUGACGUAUUUGGAGGUUCUCUAUAGAUUUGUCUUAGUCGAGACUUGUUCCCUAUCAGUUUUCUAGUGUUUAAUAAGGAUGUAGUUUAAGACAGGAAUUGACGAGUUGACAGUGCACUGAUUUCUCAUGAACAGCAAUUUUUUUAAACACACCAUGCACUCAAUUUCAGCAGUAGGAGUUGUAUAUUUACAUUCCGUUUACUGAAGCAAUGAGUUAAUUCUAAAUUGUCAUGGCCUUACAAACAAAAAGAAAGAGCAUCAAGUCGCUGAUAGUUUUGUGUUGCACGCGUCUUCAAUGGCGGAUUUUAUAACUAGGGUUGCGCUACGGUAUAGCAUGUUGUAUAUCGAGGAUCGUGCGCAUUCUUCAUAUACAAAAGGAAUUGUAAUAUCUCUUUCCUAGCCCCUCCGCCAGGUGUUAUCACUGUGUUAUUUCCCAGUUUAGAGAAAUUAGCAGCUGUUUGAUUCUCUCCCUCACUGUCCACUCAACCAGUUUGUUACAAGUGUAUUGUUUACCCGGCUCCUGACACUUGCCAUCAUCCACAAUAGCUUAUUUUUUUUCCGUAACUGUUAUUGCAGGGGAAUGUGUAAGAAAAGAUGCUUGCGGAGAAAAUAUCCUGACCUUGGUUGGAACUUCAAUUCACUGACUAACCUCAGCGAGCAGCUUAGCGAGGAAGAGAUAAUCUUUGAGAGGACCAAUCUGAACUGCGGGAUGCGGACAUCAAGGGACUCUGCUAGUUAUAAACCCAAACCAAAUCCGCCAUCUUACCAACUGGCAGCAACACACUUUGAUGCCCAAUCUCCAUGGACCCUAACAGACACUCCAAAAUCCACACCUUUGAUGGCAGUUUCUGGAUGUUCUUUGGACAAUUCCUGCGUGGUGAUCGAUAUUCCUGACUCAAAUCCUGUUUCUGAAGGACCUACUGCUCGUACCAUUGUUGAUCUCUCUGAACCCAGUCCAGUCUCUUUUGUUAUUGAUGCUCCUGAAGUCGACCCCUGUGUUGAUGUUGAUAUACCUGACUUGAGCUCUCCGGAUACGUCCUUUACCUGUUCGUCUUUAUCUGAUGUGUUUUCGUUGUUUUCUGGAACUCCUCAAUCUUCGUCAUCUUUGACGUCGGUUUCCUCACUCGAUAUGACUUCAGCAGAACCGGAAGCCUCAUCUCUUAUUAUUACAGAACUUGAAACCCACUGCUCCUCACCGACAGGAACUUCUACAGAAGCUCUGGAGCCCAAACCGGAACUCAACUACCACCACGUAGCUUUAGCAACCGUUGAACCGGAAGUCGUUACUGACGCUCCAUCGUCUGAGCCUUCGAUUACACUGACCAUCGAACCAGAGUCCUCUUUACUCACUGCAGAAAGUCAGACACUCCUGGAAACAUCUCCCUUGAAAUAUCAGGCCACGCCCAAGCUCUCUUCAAGCUUCGAUUUGAGUCCUUCUGCCUCUGACAAAUCAACACGGACAGUUUGCUUGGCAACGGAGAGUGGUAGCUCAUCCAGAGAGUCUUGCAAAACUCCUGUGGCAGCAACAGGUGAUGUAAUAUUGACAAUUCAAGACGACGAAGAUGAAGUUGUUCUCCACGCAAGCAAGAAAUCAAGAGCUGAAACAACAACAAUGAGGUUGAAAGGAGAGAAUGAAAGACACGUUGCACGGCUCGCGGAAAGCACUGCAAGUGACACACCUGGCGUGACCAUAAAUUCUUCCGGUUUGACUGGGGAUGUUAAGGAUAACUGGGAAGUGACCGCUGAAAACGGUCUGAGAGGUGAAGUCAAAGAUGUUGUGACGAAGUUUGAAAAUGUCGUUAUUGACCUUUCCGGGGCUGCAAGUGAAAAGGAGAGUGACGUGAUAGAGGUUGAUGAGGUGAUUAUUGAAAUCUCUGACGUCACCAGCGAGGGAAAGGAUGGCUUGAUGGUAGUCGAAAACGCAACACUCGAGAUUUCUGGCCUGACUAGCGCCGAUAAAAAUCUCCUAACGAUGACCAUGGGACCCGAUCUCGGCGGUAAGUCUUUUGGUGAUGUUUUUUAUUUCCAGUGAAAAUACAGGAUACUACACACAGCCUCUGCACUUGAAUAGUGAGCGUAACCUUUUUUCGCACUCUUUUUCUUUUUUUUCUUUUGCUUCUCUUGAUUUGGGAGCGAGGUUCUCGCACGCUGUAACUACUUUCCUUGUCAAAGAGGAAAUAAAUGAAUGUCAAUGUGUUUAACGGUGCGCGGAAUGAAGGCUUCAAUAAUAUUCGCAAUUCCACCUGUUACAGGCUGUCAGAAUUCCUAACCUCGUUCUGGGGACGAGGCUGAGAUAUUCGGGACCUGGGACGAGUGAGAAAUUUUUUAACACUGAACGCGCAAACAAUGGGGAACAAGAGUCCUCGUCUUAUCGUAAGCAGGUUAUGUUAAUGACUUACACAGCUAAAGGAAACGAGGCUUUUAGAAGAUAUUCGAAUUAACUCAGUUUGCUGUUCAACUCAAAAGCUCAUCCUCUGUAAUCUUUAAGGGACUUCAACAACAAUUACCCUGUUUUCGGAAGAAAACAAACUUGGCAUCGAAGAAAUCGGGGAAAAGAAAUUUCUUCCAAGCCCGGCGGGAGCGGGAGCGGGAGCGAAAUGUUCUUCAUCAUGCAGCAAAGAAGCAAAUGAUAAGUGGAAUUCAAUUUACAAGAAUAGAGCAAAAUUGAUGGUAGGUGUUUAUUCCAGAAAUAAUUUACUCUUGCGUUAGUGUAGACUACCAGUCGACCAGUGUAGACUACAAACAGCCAUAUUUGGUGCUGAUUUUUACUUAGUACCCUCAUCAGGGUCAAGUGCAUCUGAUUAGUCAAGGCAAAUUUUCAUCCGAUUAAUAACACUACCUAUCAUCAUCAUCAUCAAUCUUUAUUUAUACACGAAAUCGUAUCAUUUUACAUGGUCUUCCUAGGAAUCGUGUUUAAAACUAAACUAAAAUACUCUAAGAACUAUUGACUAUAAUGUUAAAAAUACAAAAACUUACAUUAUGAAUAAUAAGAGUUACAAUGGGUCAUGGUGUAUUAGAAAAAUCUUUCCCAUGAAUUGAAGUUUUAAAAACAUUUAAACUAGGCAGUUUUCUAAUCUCUGAGGGAAUCUUGUUUCACAGAACAGAUCCUCUGUAGUGUAGGCUCCCUUUUGCAGACUCAGUUCUGGGUCUGGGGACAUAAUAAUUUAACUCAGAAUUUCUAAGAUUGUGUGAAUGUACAUUUGAGGUGUUGGUAAAGAUCCGCCUCAGAUACGAUGGGGAAAGAUUAUUAUGAAUUUUAUACAUUGUCACAGCCAGCUGUUUAAGUCUUACAUAUUCUAGCCUUUCCCAGCCAAGCUCAUCCAACAAAACACUUGAGCGAACGUCAUAGUUAGAAAAGGUGAGAAUUCUAGCAGCCCUAUUCUGCAGCUUUUGAAGUUUGUCUGCUAGUCCCUUAUUGAUAUUACCCCAUACGGCACCACAGUAAUUAACUACCCUAUAUCUGGGUAGUGAAUCGUCUAAAGUAUGGAACUCCUGCAUUCAUUCCUAAGAUAUCAUUUUGUGAGGGAGGAAGCAGUGGUGCUGUUUUUUUUAAAUUUAGGCUAACGCUUUUCAUCUUCGUAACUCAAAGUAACAUUUCAACAAAAUUCUUGCUCGUCACAGUUCCACGGCGUUAUACCUCCUUAUGACAGAUCAAAAUUCUUUUAUAUGAGGUUAAAUUUAUAGACUUAACUUUAAAUUUUCUUUAGGAGAAACAAAGAAAGCAGAAUGAAAAGCAAAAGAAACGCAAGGGAUUGAAGCCAGCUGCAUUUGAAACCAACCUAACUCCUCCGCUCGGCGACGAACACAGUUACUGUGAUCACAAAACAAACCCACAAGUGGGAUGCCUGUGCAAAUACUGUGAAAAACACAGACAGAAGUCACGUGGCUCACGUUUCUUUAAAUUUCCCAGGUGAGCUGAAUGAUUUGCAUUAGUGUAUCUAAAGAAGUCAGACAUGAACAUGCUAGUUGAAUAUCUGUCAAUCGGCGCAGCAAAGGGGGACAAUAGGAGUGCUAUAAGUCCCGGGAAGGAGGGGAGGGUGGGGGAGGAGGGGCUACUCAAUAAAGGUUUUAUACAGAAAGGCCCUGCCCCGAGGUUCAACCACUUGCUAAUAUAUACAAUUUUUGACCGAAAAUGUACCCCUUUCGUAUACCCUUAUUGACAAAUGAUGCUCCUUUCACAUACCUAGUUUAGAACUUUUAGCAGCCUUAUUUAACUGCUCGAAUUGCACUGUCUCGUAAAUAUGAAAAACAUAAGAAAAGCAGAGGAAUUUCUCGACUUUUAACAUUUUGUAAACUAGUGAAAUCCCUAACUUUACAAGCUUUCCUUGAUUUUUCAAUUUACAGAAAAUUGUUAUCCUUCAAGUCUAAAUGCCCCGUCAAACACGACAGAUGUGAGAAGGACUUCUGCUCUUCAACAAAGAACUCAUUUCCGAUUUCUGAUGCUUGCGCAUCGACGAGAUCUGCUGCCAAGGAUUUUGAUAUUUCAUUUGCUUCUUACUCUGGUUUAACGGGCGAGAAGCAGGCAAGUCGUUCUAUCUUCAAUCUUCUUCGUUCUGUUUCUUUUUUUAACGUACAGAGCCUUCAUUUACAAGACCACCGUCGGGAC